AUGGCACACGCGCGCGCGCUGUCGUUCCGCGCGCGCGCGGGGGAGGCGCGGGCGACGCUGCGCGAGCGCCGCGGGAGGAAAUCGUCGAUCGUCGCGCGAGGGACGACGUGCGGAAAGGUGGAAAAGAUGAACGCGGAGGAGUUGGAGAUCGCGAUGGCGAACAGAGAGACGCCGAUGGUGAUUGAUUUCUACGCCACGUGGUGCGGGCCGUGCGUGCUGAUGUCGGCGGAGCUGGAGAAGGUGCAGGAGCGACUCGGGGACGCGGUGCGGUGCGUGAAGGUGGACACGGAUGAGGAGACGGAGCUGGCGACGCAGCUGCAGAUCCAGGGGCUGCCGACGUUGGUGUUCGUGAGCCCGGAUCAAUCUAAGCCGGCGCUGAGAACGGAGGGGAUGCUCCCGGCGGAGACUGUGAUCUCCGUGAUCGAGAACGAGCUCUCGUAG